GUGUUGGUGUCCUGCCGUCCCUCAGCAGAAGCAUCAAUCAACAUGUUCCCCAUUGUGCUGGCCUCAGUGCUCAUUGCUGGCGCCCUCGGGUGCGGCAAACCACCCAUUGAACCCCUGUCUACCCGUGUCGUCAACGGAGUAGAUGCCAAACCCCACAGCUGGCCCUGGCAGGUCUCUCUGCAGUAUGAGAGGGACGGUGAGUGGAGGCACACUUGUGGAGGAUCGCUGAUUGCUGCCAACUGGGUCAUGACUGCUGCUCACUGCAUCAACUCCAAGCUCUCCUACAGGGUGUUUGUGGGCAAACACAACCUGGUUGAGGAGGAAGCCAGCUCCCAGGCCAUCCUGCCUGAGAAGUUUAUCGUGCAUGAGAAAUGGAAUCCCAUCUUUGUGGCCUUCGGUAACGACAUUGCCAUGAUCAAGUUGUCAGAGCCUGUGACUUUGAGCAGCCAUGUGCAGUUUGCAUGUAUCCCUGCUGCUGGCACUGUGAUGACCAACCUCUACCCCUGCUACAUCACCGGAUGGGGAAGGCUGUACACUGGAGGCCCCAUCGCUGAUAAGCUGCAGCAGGCUUUGAUGCCUGUGGCUGAUCAUGCCACCUGCUCCCAGCCUGACUGGUGGGGUAUUGCUCUCAGGACUUCCAUGGUGUGUGCCGGUGGGGAUGGAAUCGUGGCUGGAUGCAACGGCGACUCCGGUGGACCUCUGAACUGUAAAAACUCUGAGGGUGUGUGGGAGGUCCACGGCAUUGCCAGCUUCGUCUCUGGCCUAGGCUGCAACUAUAAGAAGAAACCCACUGUCUUCACCCGUGUCUCUGCUUUCAAUGACUGGAUCGACCAGGUAAUGAUGAACAACUAAAGAAGAAAAAGUGUCAAUAAAAGAAAAGUCAAGAAA